AUGGCCGAGAGCUCUGAUGAUUAUAACAGUUCCGUCGAAAACAUCAAGCGAGUGUUGGCAGACUUUUUCAAGCAAGAGUUACGUGGACUCGUCAAGUCAAUAUUGGCUGAGAAUAGGGAAAUGGAAGAAGCUGUAAGUGAUGAGAGGCGGAAUAUCAAGCGUCGUAUAAGAAGACGUAUCGGUUGGUACAAUAUCUGCUACCAAGCUUCUCCGAUAACUACUGAACAAUGCACUACGUCAUCAUGCCCAUCAACGACUACAGCGGUAAGAGUGACUCCUGUAAUUGUUUCUACUGUGACGACCGCCCCUGGAACUGUAACAACAGUACCAGGUGUCACGAUGGCUCCCGGCUCGUUGUGCACAAAAUGUGAUAUAGCUGCGAUCGCACCAGCUAUGGAAGCCAACACAGUUUUUGAGAAUACAAACACAGUAGGACCCGAUGGGGGUACACAAACCAAUGCGAUAUGCAGAAGAACCGAUGCUCAAGUGUGUACAGUCACUUUAUCUGCAACAAAUGCGGCUGGGACUUCUACUAUUUCCAGUGCCAUGAAUGCGAAUCAAGUCAGCGGAUUGCUCACUUGUCAGGCUGAUGGUACCUACUCCAGUGGCUCAGUCACAGGAAUCACCAAACUCGUCUGCACUUUUGAUACAUGUGUACCUGCUUGCACUACAUGUGACACAGAAUCUGAUAGUACCCCUGCUGGGCAAACAUGCAAGAGAUACUCUGCUUCUUGUCAUUCCUUAAAUGAAAAUUGUUCUCCAAAUGAAAUUUACGCUGAGAUUGGUACAGGAGGAGAAGUGCUUCUCAAUUCAGUUGGCGGUUCGGAUACUGUAACAGCGGCAGUUGACUGCGGAAAUGAUGCAAAAUUAACAUUCAUGGGAAUGUAG